AUGAGCGCGUUAGUGCCUCAAAUUUUUCGAAGCAAAGUUGAACUUGAAAUAGCACAGAAUUUUCUUACAAACCAAAAACUUCAAUUUUCAGCAGACCAUUAUCAGGUUGAUCUUCUUCCAGGUGGAGACUUGUCAUACACUUCUUAUCCUGUCGGUUCCUCAAUACCUACUAGGCUGUUCGGAUCAAUGAAGUUUGAUACACGAAACUCACCAAAUUCACCUUUCUUUACCCACUUUGAGCCUGAGACAUUAAGCACGUAUAUUGACAGUCAAGAGCAGCACAGUUCCACGGAUAAUCUUUCUGAAGUCACCCCUUCGUCUAAUUCUUCACUGGAUUACAACAGUUAUUUCCAACAAUUAAGCCCGUCCCCUGUGUACCCUCAGGAUAAUCUACUCCUUCGUUCUGGUGGACCUUCUUAUAUUCAGAUUGCAAAUCACAAUCGAAACAUGAAACAUGCUCUGCAGGAGUUGGAGACUGCUCUUAUGGCACCAGAUUAUGACGAGGAAGUGACAACCUCGGAGCCUUUGUUAGGGGGAAAUAAGAGGCCCCAAACACCUGGCCAGCGGUCAAGAUCUUGGAACCAGGAACCGCAGGGGUCGUCACAUUCACAUCAAUCUGAGUCAUCUUAUGUUAACAGAUUUGGCAACUCAGGUGAUGAACUAUAUAUUGAGAGACGGCAGAAAGCGAUGGAGGAUUUGACAUUGAAGGGUACCCCACCAAAUAAUCUUAAACACUUGCUGAUUGCAUGUGCUAGAGCACUUUCUGAUAACAAUUUGGCUGGAUUCGAGAGACUAGUAGAACAGGCUCGUGGUGCUGUAUCUAUUAAUGGAGAGCCAAUUCAGCGCCUAGGUGCUUACCUAAUUGAAGGGCUGGUAGCAAGGAAAGAAUCAUCUGGCACCCACAUUUACCGGGCCUUGAAUUGCAAGGAACCAGAAAGCAAGGACUUGCUCUCCUACAUGCAUAUUCUUUAUGAAAUAUGUCCUUAUUUAAAGUUCGGUUACAUGGCUGCGAAUGGUGCUAUUGCGGAAGCAUGUAGAAAUGAGGAUCGUAUUCACAUAAUAGACUUUCAGAUUGCCCAGGGAACUCAGUGGAUGACUCUCUUACAGGCACUUGCAGCAAGACCUGGUGGUGCUCCACAUGUGCGAAUUACUGGGAUUGAUGAUCCAGUUUCAAAAUAUGCUCGAGGAGCUUGUCUGGCUGCAGUUGGAAGACGUUUGGCUGCAAUUUCAGAGAAAUUCAACAUAACUGUUGAGUUUCAUGCUAUUCCAGUUUUUGCUCCAGAAAUCACAAGGGAAAUGCUUGAUGUUCGACACGGAGAAGCACUGGCUGUGAAUUUUCCUUUGCAGCUCCACCACACUCCUGAUGAGAGCGUUGAUGUGACCAAUCCAAGAGACGAACUUCUGAGGAUGGUGAAAUCACUCUCUCCCAAGGUGGUCACUCUGGUGGAGCAAGAAUCAAACACAAAUACUGCGCCUUUCGUUCCAAGGUUCAUUGAAACUUUAGAAUAUUAUUUGGCUAUGUUCGAGUCGAUAGAUGUUACGUUGCCCAGAGACAAGAAGGAACGCAUUAAUGUGGAGCAGCACUGUUUGGCUAGAGAUAUUGUGAACAUUAUAGCCUGUGAAGGCAAGGAGAGAGUGGAACGUCACGAGCUCCUUGGCAAGUGGAGAUUGAGGUUUAUGAUGGCUGGUUUUCAGCAAUUUCCUCUGAGUUCUUAUGUCAAUUCGGUUAUUCGAAGUUUAUUAAGAUCUUAUUCAGAGCAUUUUACGUUACUGGAAACGGAUGGGGGCAUGCUACUAGGGUGGAAGGAGAGGAACCUGGUAUCCGCUUCUGCUUGGCACUGA